AUGGGCAAUCAAAUCGCAGAGAAUGUUCUAGGUACCCUGGGCGCGGUUUGCUGGUCUAUCCAACUCCUUCCUCAGAUAAUCAUUAAUUACAGGAGACAUGAUACUGAAGGGCUACAAGGGUCAAUGAUGCUCUUAUGGGCUGUCGCAGGGGUUCCCCUCGGGGUGUAUAACAUCGUGGAGGAAUUCAACAUUGCCCUAAGGAUUCAGCCCCAAAUUCUGACAACACUCAGUCUCCUUACUUGGGCACAGUGUCUUUACUAUGGAAAGCCUCAGAAAUACCCAAUCAUGAAAUGCUGUGUCGCAGUCACUUCGCUUCUACUGCUGCUGGGCGGCAUUGAAGCUGGACUCAUAUUUGCCUUGCGGGCUGCAAAGCGCCAUGGACUGGAAUGGCCUCUCAUCGUGAUGGCAGUUCUAAGUGCAUGUUUACUUGCAGCAGGUGUACUGAGACAUUACUGGGAUAUUUAUGUCCACCGGACCGUUCGGGGAAUCAGCUUCAUAUUUGUUGGAAUUGAUGCUGCGGGUGACUUGUUUUCGCUCGUCUCUAUUUUGUUUGGAUCGACUAUUGACGUCCUUGGGAUUAUUAUCUAUGGAACUGAGCUUACACUUUGGGUGGGCAUAUUUAUCUGCGGCGGACCCGGUGUCUCUGCAUCCAAUGCCAUCGUCUACUUCUGUGUUCAGGACCGCGUCCGGAUCCCAAGUGAUGGAAAGGAGGCCAUGGCAGAGCUCAUGAGGAAUUAG